AUGAUUAUUAAAAAAGAGAAAAUUCGUAAUUUCUCAAUUAUUGCCCACAUUGACCAUGGCAAAUCUACUCUCGCAGAUCGUUUAUUAGAAAAAACUAACUUAAAAGGCAGUAAUAAGUCAAUAGAAAGAGUACUCGAUAGCCUUUCCCUCGAACAAGAAAAAGGAAUUACUAUUAAACUAAAUGCCGUACAAUUAUACUAUCCACUAGAAAGCCCCGAGCCUUAUAUUUUUAAUCUGAUUGACACUCCUGGUCACGUUGAUUUUAUGUAUGAAGUUUCUCGCUCUCUGGCGGCUUGUGAAGGAGUAAUCCUUUUAGUUGACGCUACCAAAGGGAUUCAAGCCCAAACUCUUGCUUAUUACGAAAUCGCCAAAAGUCUUAAUUUAAAAGUUCUGCCCGUCAUUAAUAAAAUUGACUUACCUCACGCCCAAUUAGAUACUACUAAAAACCAACUCACCGAACUCCUUGACUGUCAAGAAAAUGAUAUUUGCUUAAUUUCAGCCAAAACUGGGUUAAAUGUUGACUUACUUUUGGAAAAAAUUAUUAGUGAUAUUCCGCCCCCAUUAGAAAAAAGCGAACUUACUCGCUUAAAAAUUAAUGAUCUCACUGCCCAAAUUCACCUUAAAAGAAGAGAGUUAGGAAAGUUAAUCGCCGAAACUAAAAACAAGUUUAGCAAAGCCGAGAGUUACUUGCUGGAACGACUUCUUGACGAGAAGCCUAAUUCUGAGAAAUUAAACGAACUACAAGUUGCCUUAUCAGACCGCAAGGCAGAAACAGAAAUUAUUUUAAACAAAAAGCGAGAGUUAAGAGAUUUAGAAAAGCACUUAGAGCAAUUACAAGCAAUUCAAUUAGAAGCGAAAGUAGAAGUUAACUAA